AUGGGGAAACAGCGCAAAACCAGAAAAAUAGUUGAGCGAAAAUUUGCUAAAAUGAAGAAACUUAUUAGUCUUAGCGACAGCAGGAUCAAGCCGAAAGACAGAAUUGAGCCAAAAAAGAAAAAAAUAGAUCCGCAUGAGUUGAAAAUACGUGAAGCUCCACAAGCCAGCUCAGCAUUAUUCUUCCAGUACAACACUCAGUUGGGUCCUCCUUACCACAUAUUAAUAGAUACAAAUUUUAUCAACUUCUCGAUAAAGAACAAAUUGGAUAUAGUACAAAGUAUGAUGGAUUGUCUGUAUGCUAAAUGUAUUCCUUAUAUAACUGAUUGUGUAUUAGCUGAAUUGGAAAAAUUGGGUCGAAAAUAUCGUGUAGCAUUAAGAAUAAUAAAAGACCCACGUUUUGAAAGAAUCACUUGUCUUCAUAAAGGCACCUAUGCAGAUGAUUGUAUAGUUCAAAGAGUUACACAACACAAAAGUUAUAUAGUUGCCACAAAUGAUAAAGACUUAAAAAGAAGAAUAAGGAAGAUACCUGGAGUUCCAAUCAUGUAUGUCGCUGAACAUAAGUACACUAUAGAAAGAAUGCCAGAUGCAUAUGGGGCUCCAAAAGGAGCUAUUUAG